AUUUAUGUAAUGUGUCAAAUUCAACUCUUACUCAGUACUCAGUCCCCAGUGGCUCCCACUUUUGACUGGCACUGACGACUCACGAGCGCCUGUUCUUUCAUAUCAAUGUUGGGAGUGGUAUAUUGAUGAUUUCUCGAAUCACAAGAGAGUCGUGGUGUGCACUAACGGCCACCUGGACUCGGAGGUGCCGUCUGAUCCAUACCCUUCCCAUCCCACCCUCAACCGCUUCCCUAUCCUGCACAGAAGAUCAGGCACGUGCGAAGGUUUGGCUUCGCACAUUCGAAGACGCCAAAACCGUCCCAAAAAAUCUAGUCGAACUUACUUUCUCUCGCAGUUCUGGUCCCGGAGGACAGAAUGUCAAUAAAGUAGAGACCAAGGUUUCUGCGCGCUGUCGUGUAGACGCACCUUGGAUACCGAUAUGGGCGCACGAGAGUCUCGUCAAGACGCCAUACUAUGUCAAAACAACACAUUCUUUACUGGUUUCAUCUAGCGCGUCUCGUUCGCAAGCACGAAACAUUGAUGAUUCUUUGAGCAAAAUGCAUGCCGUCGUGAUGGAUGCUGCAAAGGACUUCAUUACCAGCGAACCCAGUGCAGAACAAAGACAAAGGGUUGCCAAUCUAGAAAAGGCCCACGCCAAUCGAAGGAGAUUGGAGAAGGAUAAACGCAGCGCCGUGAAGAAGAUGAGGUCCAAUAAGGGAUGGAGCGAAUAGUGUUGUUGUCCCUAUUGAAUCGACGCUGGCUUUAGCCACUGCGAUGCUAGUUGCUAAAAAUCCUGGGUUACUCUGUUUGCACCAAUUGGCAUCGAGCUGGCAUCCAUGAAUAUGGCACAUUCAUUCGCGUCUGUUGUCAUUACUAGGUUUCCUUACCACUGGGUAUAUGGGGUCGGUC